AAUGCUUCUGCACCCAACUUCUUCAAACACUCCCUCCUUUCUCCCUCUUCCUAGCUUCCAUCCAUUUUUUUCUCACAAAAAACCAUGUUUAAUCCCACCAACAAUUUGUCCCAACAAAAACAUGCCAAAUUUCCGGACUUUUUAGGACAAAGAAUAGCUGAGAGUUUUGAUGUCUUGAAUUUAGGUGUUGUUCGGACACAGAAAACAAUGCAGAGUUAUGGUAAUUAUAGGAGUUUGAAUGGCAGGGAAGGACAAUUUGCGGAUGUGGAAGAUGAGUCUGGAGUCCGGACACCGCCCUUGUGGCCGGGGAGUCCGCCACGGAGACCUAACCAUUACCGUUGCCUGUCACCGGCUUCCAAAGCUCAGGCGAUCGAACGGGGCCAAAGAGAGCUUAUGGAGUUGGUGAGUAAAAUGCCCGAGUCCUGCUACGAGCUUUCCUUGAAGGAUCUAGUGGAGCAGCCUAUGAUGGAGGUGAAACAAGAGACUACAGCGGUAGAUAAAGAUAAUUACAGUAGGAAAACGGAGGGGAAGAAGAAGAAGAAGAAGAAGAAGAAGAAUGAAAAGAAAGCGCAGAUAAGUAGGAGUGGGAGCAUAGACAAUGGAGGUUUUCUUCUGAAGAUGGUCUUCCCAGUUUCCUUGGGGUCCAAGAAAAAGAAAUCGAAGAAUGAUUCUAAUUCUACCUCAAAUUGCAAUUCCAAAGUUUCCCCAAGGCCAUCCUUCUCCGAUGCAUCUGCUAAGGUUGAGGAGAAGGAGUGGUGGAAGAAGACAUUUUCAGGGUCGAGUGAGACUGAGAGUUGCGGAUCUAGUAUCAAUAGCAGAAGCACAAAGAGUAGCCGCAGCAGCAGUUGCAGUAGCAGCACUAGCACCGACAGCAGAAGGCAUGGGAUGGGGAAUUGCUGUUCUUUUAUCCGAACCAGGAAAAGCCAUACAUCAGAAUAAAUGAGGGGCGCCUUUGAUGAAUGCUGGAGUUGCAAUAUGUAAUUAAGCAUUUAGGAACAGAGAAAAGCAGUGAUCUUUUCACAGCAAAAUAUGCAGUUAAAGCUUGCCUGAAAUAUAUAUAGACCGAUGUCUUUUUUGAGUGUUUUUUUUUUUUUUUUAACUUUUCCUGAUUUUCAACAUAGGAACCUUGAUUCAGUGAGAAUUUUCAUGAUUUUUGAUAUGUGCUUCAGCUAGAAUGCUAUCUGAAAUGACCAAAGGAAUGCACAGAACUGCAGAGAUAAACAGGCUAAGUUGAUAAAUAGUCUGUGACUAA